AUGGAUUCAUGUGGCCAGUGUGGUAUCCUGGAGUUCCCUGGUAAGAGGCUGGGCGCUGGGGAGAAGCAGAAACGACCCCGAAAGGAAGAGAGGGGCACAUUGGUGCAGGAGCCCACAGAGGCAGCAGACUUGAAGGAAGGCCCAGAGGGUUUCCGGGAACACCCCCCACAUUCUAGUACCAGGACUGACCUGGCCCCCUGCUGCCCAGAGGCGGCGCUCCAGUCCAGUCCUCCCGAGGCCACACGGGAACAAGCAGAAAAGCACCCCCACCCUGAGCGAGGGCAAAGGACAGAGAAGGUGCUGGCUCCAGGUACCCGACCUGGCUCCUUGGAUGUGACCUGUCAGCUUGAUCCAACGAUUUCAAGACGCACAGAGAGGGCCACGGUGGGCUCUGCUCUCCGCAGGGACAUGAAGAGAAAGAGCAUGGAAUGUUGUGAGGUCCCCAAGAAGCUAGGCUUGUCCUUCUCCAUAGAAGAGAUCCUAAAGAGACCCAGCGAGGGGGGCGAGGGGGUCAGGACCGAAAGGGCAGCGGGAGAGGGUUGCGUGCCAGCCGCAGCCACAGAGUCCAGGCUGGAGAAGCCCGUGAAGAACCCAGCCCAGGAGGAGGCGAAGCACAAGCGGAGGGUCCGCACCACCUUCACCACGGAGCAGCUGCACGAGCUGGAGAGGAUGUUUCAUUUCACCCACUACCCCGACGUCCAUAUCCGCAACCAGCUAGCAGCCAGGAUCAACCUCCCUGAAACCCGUGUUCAGAUCUGGUUCCAGAACCAGCGAGCCAAGUGGCGGAAGCAGGAGAAACUGGGCAGCCUGAACACUCUGCAGCCACUGAGUGAGACCAAAUUGGCCCCAGUGACAAAUCUGGAUGUUGUGGCCCCUCUUCAGACAUCUGUGGUUCUACCCAGGCUGGCUCCUCCCACCAAUUGUUAUCCGCUUGUUCAAAACCAGCUGGCCACUGCCUGGCUCCCUGCACAAGUCACCCUCCCUCCACACCCGCCAUGGGAGAUGCAGACGCCUCGGGACCCUCUCCUGCAGCAGAUCUGCGUCCCUGUGCUCCAGCUCCUUCCGCAACCUCUGUACCCAAGGUGGGGCCACAUCUGUGCCUCUUCAACCUAG